UGGAGGAUGCAGUGCGAGCCAAAACAGACGCGGACCUACCACCCGGAGGGCUUCAAGAAGCGGGCGGCGUGCCUGUGCUUAAGCCAGCGCGAGGACGAGGUGCUGUGAGUGAGUAGCAGUCGGUACCCGGACCGCUGGAUCGUGCCAGGCCGGGGCUUGGAGCCCGAGGAGGAGCCGGGUGGUGCAGCGGUCCGAGAGAUGUACGAAGAGGCGGGAGUCAAGGGGAAGUUAGGCCGGCUCCUGGGCGUGUUCGAGCAGAACCAAGAUCGCAAGCACAGAACGUACGUGUAUGUCCUGACUGUCCCUGAGCUGCUGGAGGAUUGGGAAGAUUCGGUUAGCACUGGGAGGAAGCCAGAGUGGUUCAAAGUCGAAGUUGCCAUCAAGGUUCUCCUGUGCCACAAGCCCGUGCAUGCCGAGUAUCUGGAAAAACUAAAGCUGGGCGGUUCCCCAACCAAUGGAAACUCCAUGGCCCUGGCCCUGCCAGAUAACGAUCCCUAAUGAACAGCAAAGAUGUUUAGGAUUGCUCUGAAAGAAUCAUUGAUGUGAACCCAUAGUGAUCAAUGGAAUUGCCAAGUACAGGUGAGCGCUUCUAUGUUCCCAAGGAGAUAGCUCAUCUAGUUUUUCUCCUACAUCUUGGAACACUCCCUCCCUGUCUAUUCUACUGCCUCCUCUUGCUCUGGUUGUUGUACGUGAACAGAUUCUUAAUUCAGCACCUAUAGCCUUUCAUUGUGAUUUUAUGAUGUGUCUGCCUUCUUCAUUAGACUGUGAUAUCUUUGAGAGCAAAGACUAAUUUUCCUUACUCUUUGCAUAUCCUGCAUUUGAGAUACUACUUGAAAUAUGGUUGGCAUCACUGAAGGUUCUUUUAUUCAAUUGAUAUUUUGUAAUCACUGUGUGGCAAAACAUUCCCUUUGCAGUCCAGUGCUAGUGGAGUAUAUGCUGUUAGGUACCAUGUGUGUGGCUUUUGUAUAUCAGGUGUAUCAGAAACAUUUCAAGGCAGUUGUAAGAUUUUGAGGACAAGAAUUAAUACUCAUAUUUCUAUGUCAUGCCACACAGUUGCUGACAGUUUUAAGAGUACACCAUCACUUAAGGCAAAGUUUUGUAACAACUUUAGUGUUUUUGUACUGUUGGUAACUUGCUUAAAAUUUUAUUCUAAAACUAUCACUUGCUAUAAAGGUAAUUGUAAAAAUAAACAGA